GGCAGUCGGCACCGAAAAGUGUUUUGCUGUUUUGGUUAUUUUUUUGCAGUUUCUUUUUAUUUAUCCAUUUCCUGCCUCCAAUUUAUUAAACUAUUAAUUAGUAACAAAAUAACUAAUUAUGGUUUGUGCUCUAGGAAUUGAAGGUAGUGCUAACAAAAUUGGUGUUGGCAUAAUACGAGAUGGUGAAGUACUGGCAAACGUACGAAAGACAUACAUAACACCACCCGGCGAAGGUUUUCAACCUCGUGAAACUGCCACCCACCAUCGCCAAAAUAUAACUGGUCUCGUCAAAGCUGCAUUGGCUGAAGCCAAAAUUGAUCCCUCCCAACUCGAUGUCAUUUGUUAUACAAAAGGACCCGGAAUGGGAGCUUGCUUACAUGUCGGUGCAUUAGCCGCUCGUACAUUGUCAUUGCUUUGGAAGAAGCCAAUCCUUGGAGUAAAUCAUUGCAUUGGUCACAUUGAAAUGGGACGUUUAAUAACAAAAGCACAGAAUCCAAUUGUUUUGUAUGUAAGUGGCGGGAAUACUCAAGUCAUUGCCUAUUCCAACAAAAGGUAUAGAAUUUUUGGGGAAACUAUUGAUAUUGCUGUUGGCAAUUGCUUGGAUAAAUUUGCCCGAAUAAUCAAGCUAUCGAAUGAUCCAAGUCCGGGUUAUAAUAUUGAACAGUUGGCUAAAAACGGAAAGAAGUUUAUAAAGCUUCCGUAUGUUGUUAAAGGAAUGGAUGUCAGUUUCUCUGGAAUUCUGUCUAACAUUGAAGACAUAGCGGAUCCAAGUCGUCGGAAAAAUAAACGUAAAAAAGAAGAUCCCGAAGAGGAAUACACAAAAGAGGAUCUUUGUUUCUCAUUGCAAGAGACUAUCUUUGCUAUGUUAGUGGAGAUUACUGAAAGAGCUAUGGCACAUUGUGGAUCAAAUGAAGUUCUUAUUGUUGGUGGAGUUGGUUGCAAUUUGCGUCUGCAAGAAAUGAUGGAAAUAAUGUGCAAAGAACGUAAUGGAAAACUCUUUGCUAUCGACGAAAGAUACUGUAUCGACAAUGGUCUGAUGAUUGCUCAUGCGGGUGCCGAAGAAUUUGGAUCUGGAUCAAGAAUGAAAUUUGAGGAUUCCUCUGUCACGCAAAGAUUUCGAACAGAUGAAGUGGAGGUCACUUGGAGAGAUGACUAAGUUCUUUUUUUUUUUUAUUUAACGAAUAAGAAAUAUACGAAAAUUAAAAAAAAAAUUAUUCAGAAGA